GCGCGAGACGGACACGGACUCGCCAUGGCGGAGGAGGCGGCGGUGCGGGCCCAGGCGGAGACCGUGCGGAGGCUCAAACAGGACAAGGCCGAUCCUGACGAGAUUGCCAAGGAAGUGACAAAGUUGCUCGAGAUGAAGGCACAGCUGGGGGCAGAUGAGGGGAAACAAAAGUUCGUGCUCAAGACCCCGAAGGGCACCCGGGAUUUUGGCCCCAGGGAAAUGGCCAUCCGUGAGAGAGCCUUCAAAGCCAUCAUCUCGUGCUUCAAGCGCCACGGAGCCGAGGUCAUCGACACGCCGGUGUUCGAGCUGAAGGAGACACUGACAGGGAAAUACGGUGAAGACUCAAAGCUCAUCUAUGAUCUCAAAGAUCAGGGAGGAGAGCUGCUGUCCCUGCGCUAUGACCUGACAGUGCCCUUUGCUCGCUAUCUGGCCAUGAACAAGAUCACCAACAUCAAACGUUACCACAUUGCCAAGGUGUACAGGAGGGACAACCCGGCCAUGACCAGGGGCCGCUACCGCGAGUUCUACCAGUGUGACUUUGACAUUGCCGGGCAGUUUGACCCGAUGAUUCCCGAUGCCGAGUGCCUGAAGAUUGUGCACGAGAUCCUGAAUGACCUGCAGCUCGGGGACUUUGUCAUCAAGGUCAACGACCGGCGCAUCCUUGAUGGGAUGUUUGCAGUUUGUGGGGUCCCGGACAACAAAUUCCGAACCAUCUGCUCCAGUGUUGACAAACUGGAUAAGAUGCCGUGGGAAGAAGUGAGGAGUGAGAUGGUGGAAGAGAAGGGGCUCUCUCCCGAGGCUGCAGAUCGCAUUGGGGGGUAUGUCCAGCUCCAUGGUGGGCUGGACCUGAUCGAGCGGCUUCUCCAGGACCCAAAGCUAUCCCAGAACAAGCUGGCCAAGGAAGGGCUGGGGGACAUGAAGCUGCUGUUUGAGUACCUGACCCUGUUUGGCAUCACAGGGAAGAUCUCCUUUGACCUGAGCCUGGCCCGGGGCCUGGACUAUUACACAGGGGUGAUCUUUGAGGCUGUGCUGCUGCAGCAGGAGAACGAGCACGUGGAGGAGCCGGUCAGCGUUGGCAGCGUGGCUGGAGGCGGCCGCUACGACGGGCUGGUGGGGAUGUUUGAUCCCAAGGGCAGGAAGGUGCCCUGUGUGGGGGUCAGCAUUGGGAUCGAGCGGAUCUUCUCCAUCCUGGAGCAGAGACUGGAGGCCUCUGAGGAAAAGGUCAGGACAACAGAGACACAGGUGCUGGUGGCCUCUGCCCAAAAGAAGCUCCUUGAAGAGCGACUGAAGCUCAUCUCUGAACUAUGGGACGCUGGAAUCAAGGCAGAGAUGCUGUACAAGAAGAACCCCAAGCUGCUGAACCAGCUGCAGUACUGUGAGGACACAGGCAUCCCUCUUGUGGCCAUUGUGGGUGAGCAGGAGCUCAAAGAUGGAGUCGUCAAGCUACGGAUUGUGGCAACCAGGGAGGAGGUACGGUGUGUGGCAUGGUGGGGUUGGCUAUGUGACCCUUCAGCCCAGCUCAAAGCAGCCCUCCAGACCCACUGGUGUUUCCAGCAACUUCUGUAACACCCCAUAUUUCAGUUCCUUGCCCCAUGCACCUUCCUGGAGUCAUGAAGUGCUGUUGUCUGUAGCUCUGGAGAGUUUCCUAUCCCGUGGCCUCCUUGAGGAGCCUGGAGGGGUGAUUCAGUGGCACUCUUGGAAUGAGUGAGACGAAACAGAACUUGGUUAGCCCUGAACUGCAGGGCUGCUCUGUGCCUGUUGUCUCAGGACAGAGUCCCAAAACAGGCAGCACUGAAAUCAGUGCAUUGGUCACUGGCUAAGAUCAGUGUGUAGGUCACCUAGAUCAGUAGCUUUGGAACAGCAAAGUGUGGGAAGAGCAUCAUUCACCCAACCAUUAUGCAGGAAAGGGCUUAUUGGGGUUGCUGGUGCCGCCUGCUCUUACAGGUUCAGCUCUGUGGCUGCUGCAGCCCACUCAAUCCCUGUAGAGAGACUGGUGACACCUUGCUGUGACCUCCUGAGACACAGGGCCACCACUGUGGUGACAAGUCAAGCUGCUGGAGUUGUAUUAAAGCAACUUUUUGCUCCUU